ACACGCAUAUUCAUCUUGCUUUUCCAUUUCCAAAAUAACACAUUUUUUUAUCAUUCUUAUUAUUUCUUUUGCUUCCGUAAGCGCACGCCCCUUUCUUUCUUCUUCGCCUAUAAAAACCCUUCCCUCUUACACCUCCAUUACCAUAAUCCAUACACAUAAACCCUCAAAAUUUGUACAAUUUUAUCAGUCCAACUAAUAUAAUCUUUAUAUUAUCAUAAUAUUCAUAUAUAUAUAUAUAUAUAUAUAUAUAUAUCUAUCUAUCAUAUAUUAUCAUAAACCCAUCUUUUUUUUUUAAGAAAAAAUGCAUCCAAGUGAGUUAGCAGGAAUAAACUACCUAACUUCCACUCCAGAAAUUCCGUACUCAUUCCAAUUCCCACCCAACUCAAACUUAUUACAGCAAAACAAUAUGCAACAAGCAACAACUACUAUGAAUGAUUAUAAUGCAUCUUUCACUAAUAUUUAUCAAACUUCAUCUCCUAUAUAUAUGAGUAGCAACUCAACAUCAGACGAAUCAGAAGAAAUACAGCAAAUUCAGAUCAUCGAUGAGAGGAGGCAAAGGAGAAUGAUAUCGAACCGAGAAUCGGCUCGAAGGUCUCGGAUGAGGAAGCAAAGGCACCUUGAUGAGCUUUGGUCUCAGGUGAUUCGGCUUCGAAAUGAGAAUAAUAGUCUUAUUGACAAGUUGAAUCAUUUAUCAGAAAGUCAUGAUAAGAUCUUACAGGAAAAUGUUAGGCUUAAAGAAGAAGCUUCUGAUCUUCGUCAAAUGAUAAGCAACAACGUGCAAUUAGCUAGUACUACUUAUAAUGCUUUCAGAGAUUUGGAAGAUAUUCCUUGUACUACAGCUCAUCUUAGAGCUGAAUCUUCCAAUAACCAAUCUAUUUCUAGUGCUAAUGAUUUACUUUUGUAAUAAAAUUAGCUUAAGUAUAAGAGUUAGCUUUAUCUUAUAAUAUUGGUGUAACAUAGGCUCUCUUAAUUUUAGCCUUUUUUUAGUUUCUAUGUUUUCGCAAUAAAACAUUUUUCUGUCACUA